AUGGUGCUGGUCCUCCCAAAGCCGACGAAGUUUUCAUCUCAGCGUCCGAUCGGUACUUCGCGUACGCUGCUGCACUGCAGCGAGGAGGAUCUCAUCCGCGUCCCCUCCGAGGUGCAAGAGGAGCUGACGGCGGAGCAGAUCUGCUUGGCCCCGACCAUCGUCUGCGCCUACCUGCUUUUGGAGAUCUUCGGUGCAAAGCUGAAGCCUGGUGACUCCGUUCUGCUGAACGCUGCGCACUUGUCGGCUGCGGGCUCGUCGCUGCUCCAGCUCUGCAAGCUGCUCAAGCUGAAGCCGCUUUGCCUGCUGCCCCUUCCGGGCGCCCCGAAGAAUCUCGUCAAGGGCGAGUAUGGCUCCAAGAGUGCGUGGCAGGAUGCCGAUACCCGGGCCCAGCCCCCGAAGAACGUGCAGACCCAGUACGAGCGCAUCAGCGAGUGGCUCAUGACCAUGGGUGCCGAGGAGGUCUUCCCAGAUGCAGUUGCUCUUCUCCGCUGGCGUGACCGCAACCAGCGCAUGCUUCCCAAGCUGGCGCUGGACGGAAUCGCCACUCGUGAUUCCGCGGAGCAGCUUGUCCACUGCCUGCAGCCGGGCGACAAGGAUGCCCAGAUGGUCGUCUACGGCCACGGCAUCGCCCAGCCCAUCGAAAUCGCGCCCCCUCUGCUCUCCGCCUGGGGUGGCAGCCUUAUCGGCUUCAACAUCGCCCGUUGGGUGCACGCUUUGACGGCCAACGCCAGGAAGAUGAUGGACGUCAUGGAGAACAUCACCAAGCUCGUGCGUGCAAACCGCUUCAGCCUGGACACAGUGCUCUACAAGGUGGGUGAGGAUGCAAUCAGCGAUGCCUUCGCGCGGGCGGCCGAUGCGUCGGACAGCGCGCAGGUGGUUCUGAUUUUCCCCACUCUGCAGGAGGAGCUCCAGAACAACCCGGACACCUCGGACGAGCCGGCUCAGCGGGGCAGUGCUGCAACGAAGGGCCCGGAGGCCGCAGUGAAGAACGAGGAGGAUGAGCGCGAGAAGCUGAAGGAAGACUGGCUGAAGCUGCUCUUCACCGAGGGCAGCAUGGCGGCCACGACCCCGGAAGGGCCGCUGCCCUCCACCAUGGAGCUGGGUGAGAGGAAGCCGGAGACUUUGGUCCUCUGGGUCGGAGACAACCCCAAGUCCGAGGGAGUGGCGCUGAAGGACGUGGCCAACGUGCUGGGCCGCGCCGGGCUCUCUUCCCUCUCCUGGUCCCAGCACCCUGCGGGUGAGGGUCUCUUGGAGUUCGAGGUGAACACCCCGGAAGUCACCGAUGGCACCUGGUACAUGCGCAGCAGGAAGACCUUCCAGAACGAGGAUCUGGACAUGCUGCACGACAUCGAGGUGCUGGCACGAUCCCUGGUCGAGGCUGCUGAGCCUAAGCUGAAGGCAGCUGGUCUGGGGUGGAAGAAUGUGAUCCUCUGCGGCUUCGGCAAGGGCGCCGGCAUUGCCCUCUACGCCUCCCUGAUGAAGAUCAUCCCGCAACAGGUCUCAGCCAUGAUCUUCUUUAGCCCAAUUGUGGCCUUCCCGUCCUUCCUGGCUGAGCGAUUGGGCGCCAUGCCUCGUGACACCACGCCGGUGAAGAUGUUCCUCGUCUGGGGCAACCGCAACAAGUCCACCCCAGGCUCCUACAGGCAGCUUUUGGCCCAGGCCCUUCGCAAGGCCCCGGAGGUGCACCUGACGCCCGACACACUCCCUGACGGCGAUCACACCUUCGAUGUCAAGGCCUUCGGUGUGCUCAGCUCGCUGCUGCCGCUGUGCUUGCCGCGAUGA